CAAGUGUGUUGAUCCUCAGCCUCCAAAACCCAAAGGUGUACCUUACAGGAGACUAGUCAAAGAUUCUAAUACAACAGCGAAAAAGAGAGCACCCCUAAAGAAUGACACUGCCCUAAAAGUCAAGGGCUCCAAGAAAGGUCAAAACCAGACGUCAUCUUCAACUGCAAAGAAGCCUGUGGCAUCAGUUAAACCACCACCCUGUGGCAAGAGACAAGCAGUAAUGGCUGAUAUUCCUUUGGUCAAACUACCUUGGAGUGACAACAGCACAGAGGAAGAAAUUUGGAAGGAAGGCUUUGCAGUUUGUUUUACAGCUGGUGUUCCAAGUGUUGUCAAAGAACUCUGUUUUCUCUGUGGUAGCAAGGGCAGUGAAAAGAUGUUCUACUGCAGAGUUUGUUCUGAGCCUUUCCAUGGAUUCUGUCUUGAUGAAGAACCAAUUGAUGAGACAACAUGGUGUUGUGACAACUGCAGCAGUUGUAGUGUUUGUGGAUAUCAAGACAAGCUCCUGAUGUGCGACCGUUGUCAGCGUGGAUAUCAUGUUGAAUGCCUAGGUCCAUUUUAUCCCACAGAGCCAGAGGGAGAUGAUGAUGUUUGGGUGUGUGGUCGGUGUGUACAGUGCAAAAAUUGUGGGAGAAGAACUGCUGGAGAUAAUCCUGAAGCUAUGUGGAUGCUUGAAUUCACACACUGUCAAGAAUGUGGCAAGCAGAGACAACAGAAUAACUUUUGUCCCCUCUGUGAUAAAUGCUACUCUGAUGAUGACUUUGAAUCGAAAAUGGUUCACUGUGUCAAGUGUGAUCACUGGGUGCAUGCAGAAUGUCAAGGAAUCACAGUUGAUCAGUAUGAGUGUCUGACAGACUUACCAGAGGAAGUGCAGUUCAUUUGUAGGCGCUGUUACGAAGAUCAGGUAUCUUCUCCCUGGUAUAAAGAACUGAUGGAGGAAAUGGAAGCAGGAUAUGAGAGGAUUGUGGAAGAAAUCAAAAGUUGCAAGGCCUAUGAACCAUUCAAGUCUCAUUUUGAACAGCUUGAAGCAGAUAAUGGAUAUCCAAAGGACUUUGAAGUAAUUUCAGCAAAAGUGAAAGACAAGAAGUACACCAGUGUGGAACUAGUGGCAAUGUUUCCUUGGCACAAGCUUAAAAGUACAGUGAAUUCCGAGGAACAUGAGGAGAUCGCACAACCACGCCUUAAAAAUGGAAUCAUUGGAACUGCUAUUCCUUACGAAGUCUGGGAUCACUCAUACGUUUCCUUGAAAAGUAACCAAGAAAAGUCUGAUUCCACUCUUGUUGGAAAAUCUCAGCCUUCUUCUUCAGAGGCUCCACAGAUGAACUCAUCACAGAACGAAAAUUGUGAAGUUGAAAAGAUGGAACCAGACACGGAAAACGAUCUGCAGGAAGAAAACGUCACGAACGAGGAGCCUAUGGAAAUUGAUACCAAUGACGAUGAACAGCAACAACUAAAACAAUUCCUGCAACUGAAACAACACCAACAACCACAGCAAGCAACUGACGUGGAGGAUACCAGAAAGUGUCUUCUGUGUGGUUCGAUGCGUGAUGCCGAACCUUCCAAGGCAGGCCGGCUUCUCACUAGUGGUUUGGAUGAAUGGGUGCAUGUCAAUUGUGGUCUGUGGUCAGCGGAAGUAUUUGAAGAUGACGAGGGUCGCUUACAGAAUGUUCAAGUGGCGAUAUCACGUGGAAAACAAAUGAAAUGUGAACACUGCGGUGAGGUUGGAGCCACUGUGGGCUGUUGUGAACCUCGCUGUCCAAUGAAUUAUCAUUUUAUGUGCGCACGAAAUGCUAAAGCCGAGUUCCAAGACGACAAGAAGGUGUACUGUGCCCAACAUUCCUUCAGGACCAAAAAGGAGUUGGUGAUGGUAAAUGACGACUUUUGUGUGGAACGACGAGUUUGUGUGGACAUGGGCAAAAUCCGAGCCACAAAGAAAUUGUCCAGAGGAUUUGAACCUCACAACAUCACCCUUGUACAAGGAUCUCUUACUCUGGAAGACAUGGGCAAACUGAGUGAACAUUCCGACACCAAACAAACUCUGUAUCCCAUUAAUUUCAGAAUCAGUCGGUUGUACUGGAGUGUUAAGGAUCCAACUAAAAGAUGCCGUUAUUACUGCACAACGAAAGAGAAAACACUUGAAUCAAUGCAAAGAAGGCAACAGGAAAUUAAGGAGUCGAUAGAUCAGGAACACUUACACAAAGUUAUUUCUCACGAAGAAUUAAACAAGAAAGACAAAACGCCAAAAAUCACGUCUGGAUCUCACGGAGAUAUCAAAAACUCAACACAACCUCGACAAAAUAACAAAACGACCGACUACUUAAAUAGUUCUUAUGGAAAGAAACUGAAAAGAAUAGCACCUCAUCCAGGACCCGGGAUUGUGAAUCACUCUGUUUUUCCGGGAGUUCUGUUUAAUGAAACAACACACCUGUCCAAGCUAAGAAGAAUUCUACCAGCUCCUCAAAAACCUUUGCCUUCUUCACCAACGAAUUCUCCAAGGAAACUCCUCGAGCAUUUAAAUCGACAAACAAGCCAUUUACCAUCCAUUCUUAAUCCUGUUCGUGUGGAAAAAUCUCCGUCACCCGUCUUACCAAGUGCUCCUGCGCAGAAAGCCGCGCCUCAGAGAUGUAGAAAGACACCGCCAGCCGCGAAAAGGACGAUGAGUUUUGAGGAGUCGAUUCCUCAAACAGUCAGGCAGAUAAACUGCGAUCACGAAGUAGUAGCUAAGGCAGGAGAUGAAGAGCUAUUAAAUUCGCCUAUAAAAGAAAUAUCUCCCAAGUCUUGGUUAGUGAAGCUUCGGGAGAGAGAAAAUGCUGCACAAUCCGAGCAACCUCAUGUGUCUUUUGAAAUCACAAGUGAUGAAGGAGUGAAGGUCGAGGCGAAUACAUGUGAAACUGCUUGGAAGCAAGUCUUUGAAAAGGUUCAGGAAGCCAGGAUAGAUCGUCGCAUGAAACUGGUUCCGUUUGCAGGUGUCAAUGGCAAAGCAAUGUUUGGUGUUCGUCAGGAAUCUGUCGUGUCUAUGUUAGAGCAGCUACCUGGAGCCCAUCAACUGAAGCAGUAUUCCUUCAAAUAUAAUCCACCAUUUGAUAAUAGCAAUUUGGAAGAAACACAGGCUUUGAAAGAGAAUCCACACGGCUGUGCAAGAGCUGAAAUGUUCCACAGAAACAAAAAGUAUGAUAUGUUCGCGUUCUUAGCGUCGAGUCACCGCGUCGCUCCACAAUUAGAAGAAAGUGCGGAGGAACAGGAGAGCGCUGAACAAGCGCGUGAUGGACCUCUGUCCGUGAAGCGCCCGACAUGUUUGGAUCUACCUAUGGCCAUGAGGUACCGCCACCUCAAACAGUGUUCCUUUAACAAAGACGCUGUUGCUGUUUACAGGUCCCCAAUUCAUGGUCGCGGAUUAUUCUGCACCCGUAAUAUCGCCGCUGGUGAAAUGGUGAUUGAGUAUUCUGGAAUGCUGGUUCGUUCUGUUCUCACUGACAAGAGAGAGAAGUAUUACGAAAGCAAGGGUAUCGGGUGUUACAUGUUUCGUGUCGACGGGACAUAUGUCGUUGACGCCACGAUGUGCGGAAACGCAGCUCGUUUCAUCAAUCAUUCUUGCGACUCAAACUGCUUUUCUCGAGUCAUCACUGUGGACGGUCAAAAGAAAAUUAUUAUCUUUGCUUCCAGAAGUAUUUCCAGAGGAGAAGAGUUGACUUAUGACUACAAGUUUCCUAUCGAAGACGAGAAGUUACCUUGUUUGUGCCACUCAAAACACUGUCGCAAAUACCUCAAUUAACUAUCCUUUCCCUCCCCUGAAACUUUCCAAAGCUGGAUCUUUUUUGUCAAAUCGAAUUUUAUUUAUGAACCAAGUGUACAUAAUAAGAUGUAAAAUAUUUGUCUUUGCUCUGUAAAAGCUUAUUUACAGCAUCCCAGCUCUUUAUGAUAUUUACUAUAUAUUUGAGGGGGUUUUUCUCUCUAAGUGAUAUAUCUUGUCUGCAAUGGAUUUGUAAUAAUUUGAGCGCAGUAAUAUAUGACAAAUCUGAGAGAAAUGAUGUCAUGUUUCAGCGCAACAAAUUAUCAGUAUUUACGGAAAUAAAUUUUUAAGUAAGAUGCCUUGA